UAAAUGUCAGAUUGCAAUAAACUAGAAGCUGUUGGUCGGGCCCGCGGAAAUGGGCGAGCAUAAUCUCCUUAAUCCAGGGUUUGUGGGACCUUUGGUAAACAUCCACACGGGAGACACGUUUUACUUCCCGAAUUUUAGAGCCUCGGGGGGACAACUGGCGGGGCUGCCGUCUCUCUCCUACCCGAGAAGGGACAAUGUUUGCUCCCUCCCGUGGAAUCCUUCGGAGCCGUGCAAUGGAUACUCUCAAUCCUACUUUAGCAGCCCCGUUUCUAUUAACCCCUCUUUCAAUCGGUCGUGUGAGAUUACCCGACCAGAAGAAGGUAAAUGUUAUUAUAACAACGGCAACGGGAACAGGGAGACCUGUUCAGGUGGCAGCAGCCUUAAACGAGAGGAUAGGGCGAGAGACACAUCAUCAUUAACAUCUGACCACGGGAUGCACGGUGGAAUUGGCAGCACUGUCGCCUUUUCCAAAUACGAUUACGGGACCGAGCAGCUAACGCAAGACCCGCCGUCCUGUCAGUCAAUGGAGUCCGACUCCAGCUCCUCUCUGCUCAACGAGGGCAGCAAGCCUUCAUCCAGCGACACACAGACCCUGGUGUCACCGGGAAGCCAUUCAAGCAACGUAGCCCCAGGCGGAGCUGCCCCGUGGUACCCGAUGCACACUCGGACCAGAAAGAAGCGUAAACCCUAUUCCAAACUUCAGCUGGCUGAGCUAGAGGGUGAAUUCAUGAUGAACGAGUUUAUCACCAGGCAGCGACGAAGGGAGCUUUCCGACCGUCUGAACCUCAGCGACCAACAAGUCAAGAUCUGGUUCCAGAACCGCAGGAUGAAGAAGAAGAGACUCAUGCUGAGGGAGCAAGCUUUGGCCUACUUUUAGAGAUGCGGCAGAAGGUGAAUCGAUAGGCAAUAAAAGCCAAGCCUUCUACGCUCCCUUAGGUCUUCUGUCGAUGCAUGCACUCAUCUAUCCAUCUUUUACAUUGCAGGCAGUUACUACAAUAUUUUCUGAUAUAUAUAUAUAUACUUUAUUUUUAUUUUUUUCAAAAAGGUGCGGGCUACACAAGCCCAAAAAUUAGCCACUAACUGGCAUUCAAAGCUACACUCUACAUGUCAGGACUGCCUUCAUGUUUGGUAUAAUCGCACAACAAAAGCUGCGACAAUGUGUUUUCUGUGGAGGGCGCAUCUCUUGUUUUUUUCCUCGUUUGUCAAGAGAUCAGCCUACGCCCUAAAUGUAAACCACGCGAAAUAUGUCGUCAAGGAAAUGGCUCUGUAUGGGAUGACACAUAAUGGCAACAUCCCGUUUGUUCCCUUUUUUCUUAGUCAGAGUAAAAUGAGGAGGGAGUGGGGCCACUUGGUAAAAUCUCCAGAAUAGGCCUAAAAAUAACAGUGAAGUCAGGAAGACAGAGAAGACUGGCAGGCCGGAGCCACAUCCGCGCAAUAAUUUCUCUGACCAUAUGAACUGUUAAAGAAGAGCCUCUCUCCCGCUUGCUUUAUACUUAAUUUGUUGGGGAAGAGGAACAUCACCUUGUCUCAUUUCUUUAGUUUACACCGCGCGCUGUGGGCACGUUCACGGUCACGGACAGGAAGUCUGGGAGUCUGCAUGAGGAGAGGGAGAAAACCGCAAUGUAAUCCUUAUCGAUCUCUUUAUGACUGCGCAUUGAAAAAUGAAUUGCCCUGACUUUGUUCAUGUGCAAACAAGUUUGUAAAGGUAUUUUUUUUCUUACUUUUAUUACCUUUCAACUUGUCUUAACAACAACCACAGAAUCCUGCAUGGGUUGCAUUUCUUGAGUUGAGAUCACCGUUUGAAUACGGUUUUGAGCUGCUAUUAGAAGUUCACGUCCAGAUUGUACAAGUUUUGAAAAAAAGAGUAUAAACUACAAUAAACUCGCUCGGGUCUGGAAUGGAAAUAUUCGCCAGUUCGAGCACCUUUUUAAGCCAACUUGGUUAAACAAGGGAGCCGCUUAAAGUUGCAAACUGGGGGGGCAGGGGGGUGUGUAUGUGGGGGUGUUCAGGCCUGAAAGAGCAUUUCUGAAACUUGGUGCUCAUAAUGAAAUAAAUAUGUAGAAAUUUAGCA